AUGACCUCGAAGCGCAGAAGCGGCGCUGCAGGCUCACCCGAAGACUAUCCAGACACGCCUGAUCCCAAGCGACGCAAGCGUAACGACGACACCCACUAUCCCGACGUAGAAACUCGAGAAACCACCACAGAGAUUGGCCUCAAACUUGUUGCCUCCCUAAAAAGAUCCCAGGAUAAGAACGGCCGUAAUGUCGCUGUUCACUUCCUCGAUCUGCCCGACAGGGACGAGUAUCCUGACUACUAUCUGUCGACGGCAAUGCCACUGUCCCUCAAUACCAUAGAAGAGAGAUUGAAGAAAUUCGAAUACCAAAACCUGGAAAAGCUGGAGUCCGACCUGAAGCGAAUGGUGCAGAAUGCGAAGGACUAUAACCACUACAAGUCUGCAAUAUAUGAGGAUGCAGAGCGUAUCCGAAAGGCCAUAUCCAAUUUCAUGCCGAAGCACAAUCCAGCAUAUCUGAGGGCUGACUACAAAGCUUAUUCAACCCCAAUUCCGCAAGAACUACUCGACGGGCUCAGCAAGGCAUCAACUCCAUCAGAAGCCGUGGUGCCCGAGAAGAUUAAAUUGACCUUCUCUACCAAACGACGGCAAAGCGAAGCUGCGCGGUCAACGCCAGGAGACCAGUCGGGUGACCUGAAAGAAGAACUGCUGAAGUUCCUCAAAGAAUUGUCCGAGCAAGAAGAUGCUAUCAAUUUCGAAGAGAGGGUGUCGAAGAAAGACUACCCUGAUUACUAUAAAGUCAUCAAAAAGCCGACGUCUAUUUCAGAUGUCAGAACCAUGGUUCAAGACAGUGCAGUUCAAGAUUGGGAUUCAUUAGGCAAGGAAGUGCGUAUGAUCUGGGAAAACGCAAAAGAGUACAACCAAGAGGGUUCUGAAAUCUACGAGAUGGCAGAGAAGCUCGAGGGCUGGUCUCAAGACAGACUGUAUACGCUCGGUGCUGUGCCGAAACAAAAAAUCAGGCUCUCCUUAUCCCAGCCAAAGCAGCCAAAGGCUCUCAAACUCAAGAUGGGCUCCUCCACUCCACAACCACAGAACGCCGGUUUCACCAUCGACAAUGAAUCUCUACGGCGGCAAAAAGAAGAGAUGGGCGAAGCUCUCAGCCGGGCACGAGAAAACUCGAGAGGUACUCAAGUCAACGGCUCAACCCCGGUCCCGUCAAGUGUUCCGAUCAGUGUCCGCCGUAGCGCAUCGGUCGCUACAGAGCAAACUGAUGUAAAGGCGUCUAAUGGUAAUGGCACAAGCUCGACCACCCCUCAAUUGGCCACGGCGUCAACAGCCAACCUGCCUACAAAUAAUGUUAGCCAGGUACCGACACCAGUCCAGGAGCUGGGCACUCCUGCGCCAGCAGCACCUCUCACCAAUGGCGUUCGUAGUCAUGAAUCUGCCACUCCGCAAGGCGCUUCAAAGCAGAGUGUCAUACCAUUCGAACGGCAGUAUCGUGACCCAGGGAAAGGCAUCGAAUCGGCCUUGUUGGGCUCUGUGAUUUUCAUGACAAACCCCAACGAUCCCGACAACCCGAAAUGGAAACUGGUACGCCAGGCUUCAGCAACACGCACGCAAACAUCUGGCUUCAUUUCGGUGCCUUUUGGAUAUCGAAAUGUGCGCAUCAUCCCACUGCCAACGGCCGAGUUCAAGUCCCGUCGACGGUCUCGUGUGCUAGUGAUGCACAACGCCCACGUUUUCCGAGAACCAAAUUCGCCUGUUGCCGGGGCGUACGAUGUUCAAUUAGUUCCUGGUGAAAAUACACUGUCCGUCGAAGUUCUGGCCGAUCUCAAGGAUGGAGAAAGGAAGGACUAUGCGCCGCCACAGUUACAAUUCGAUUUUGAGAAAUGUACUUUAAUUGUCAACGUUAUGCCGCAGGUAUCUUGA